CACGAGUUUAGAGACCACGACAAGUCAAUUACACAUCAUGGGUGCGAAAGCGUUAAAGAAAUUGUCCUCUGGACAGAAUGGCGUUGGCGCCUUCAUCCUGCAGUGCAAGAAGCUCGAUUUCCACUACUGCGACUGGGCUGGUAGCUCAAGGGGCAUGAACGCAUUCCUCCGCGACCAACUCCCCGCCUUCGCUGCCGCCAACCCAAGCAUCGAAAUCACCGUCUCUCCCCGUCCGAGCAAACACCCGGUCAUCAAGGGCACAUUCAUCAAUGGUCGCGAGAAGGCAAUUUGCGUCAGAAACUUACAGCCGAUGUCGAUUCUACAGAAGGCUGUUCUGCUGAGGGAUGCGUCGGGCGAGAAGCUGAAGACCGAGACGAAGCCUGUCAAGUCUAUCAACGACAGUGUGAGAGGUAUCUGGUCGCCAUACCACAGCGGGCCGAUGACGGUCUAGGGAGGGCGUAUGGGUGGAUGGUUGUGGGAUUGUAUGAAAGGAAGAAUACCAGAAGUUGGGGCAUUGAGGGCGUUUAGGGAAGACUGUAUACUAUGUACAAAAUCGAAAUAGGAGCGAAUUACAUCUAAGAAGAAUUUGAAGCUACAAAUUGGUUCACAAGG